AUGAGAGGUGAAUUUGGGUUAAGGUUAAGGACCUUCAUUGAUAGAAUACUAUCAAUAAUCCAUCCUUAUAUUUCAAUAUUGAUUCCUAACUUCAAAAUCGCUCAUUAUGUUUAUAUCUUAUUCUGGGCUAUACUAGGUGCUAUAAUUCUAUUCCCAAUAAGAAAUAGUCCUUUCAUCGAUAUGUUAUUCUUUUCUUCAGGUGCUGCCACUCAGUCAGGUUUGAAUACUAUUGACGUCAAUGAUUUGAAGUUAUACCAACAGAUAAUCAUCUAUUUAUUACCCAUGUUUACUACACCAAUAUUUAUCCAUGGAACAUUAUUGUUCAUAAGGUUGUAUGGGUUUGAAAGGUAUUUCGAUAAUAUCAAAGAGAGCUCCAAAUUGAAUAAUAAGAUGAGAAGAACUAUGAGUUUAGCUAACACCAUGACCAACAUGAGUGGAAGAAGUAGAAGAGAUGGUACUCAAUUAAAUACUGAAAAUAAUCAAACUUUGGGUAUUCCAAUGGUCAAUAUUCAUCCUCCAAAUACAAACAAUAAUCCCACUUCUACAGAUGUGGGAAGUGAUGAAGAAAACCCGGCAUCGGUAGGUUCGGUGGAACAUAUUUCCGAGCCUAGUUCCAGUUCUUCAACUCCUGUUGAUACCUCCAAUACGGCAAAUAAUGAUGAAGAAAGAGGUAUACGAUUCCAAUUACCCAAAAGACCCGAUCCUUCAGCUUCUGAUAUGUAUAGAUCUAUUGAGUUGUUAAGAAAUCACCCUAAUGAAAGAGCUAUCAUUGAUGACGAUGAAGACGGUGAAGUUUUAGUGAUAAAAUCUCCUAAUCAAAUUGAAAAUGAAGAUGGUUCACCAAUUUUCACCAAAGUUCAAUUUAACCAACCUUUGAGAAGACUUAAUAAGGUUACUAGUAGAUUCAAGAAAAACCGUACUAUGUCCAAUGGAUCGGAAGAAUCCAUUGAUUCCGAAGACGAGCCAAACCAAUCACAUUUAAAUCCUCAUAGGAGAAGGGACGACGAAGAGUCUCUUUACACCUCGAUAUCUAACACUUUAUCCAACUCAUUAUCAAGAUCAAAGACUGUUAACUACUUGAGUUGGGAACCUACUGUUGGACGUAAUUCUAAUUUUGUCCAUUUAACAGAUGAUCAAAAAGCUGAAUUGGGUGGUGUGGAAUAUAGAGCCAUUAAACUCCUUAUAAAGAUUGUUUGGGGUUAUUACAUUGGAUUCCACAUACUCGCUCUUAUUGUCAAUGUUAUUUGGAUUCAAUAUAAACCUCAACACAUAGAACAAUUGCAUGGUUAUGGAAUCAAUAAAUCAUGGUGGGGAAUAUUCACAGCUGCCUCCCAAUUCAAUGAUGUUGGUUUCACACUCACUCCAAAUUCCAUGAUAGAUUAUAACCAGAGUUAUUACAUUAUGAUUUGGGGUGCUUUUUUCAUUGUCAUCGGAAACACUGGAUUCCCGGUCUUAUUAAGAUUUAUUAUUUGGAUUUUAUUGAAAUUCGCCAAGCCACUUACUCUUUACCAAGAGAGUCUUCAAUUCUUACUCGAUCAUCCUCGUCGUUGUUUUACUUUACUUUUCCCUAGUGGCCCUACGUGGUGGUUGUUGGCAGUUUUGAUAAUAUUAAAUGGAUUGGAUUUAAUCUUCUUUAUUAUCUUAGAUUUGAAUAAUGAUUAUCUAAUGAACAUACCCACAGGUUAUAGAGUUGUUUGUGGUUUAUAUACCGCUGUUUCGACAAGAACCUCCGGUACUACUGUGGUGGAUAUCAGUCAAUUACAUUAUGCUGUUCAAGUUGGUUAUAUUAUCAUGAUGUAUAUUUCUGUUUUACCUAUCGCUAUUUCCAUUAGACGUACCAAUGUUUAUGAAGAACAAAGUUUGGGUGUUUAUUUGAAAGAUCGUGAUGCUGAUGAUGAUGAAAAAUCACCCACUCAUUUCAUUUCCAACCAUUUAAGAAAUCAACUUAGUUUUGAUUUAUGGUUCAUCUUUUUAGCUUUGUUCCUCAUUUGUAUUGCAGAAAACUCCAAAUUAGAUAAAGACAAUGUCAGAUUCACACCUUUCACAAUAUUGUUUGAAGUUAUUUCAGCCUAUGGUACAGUAGGAUUAUCACAAGGAUUUCCUAAUUCGGACACUUCAUUGUCGGGAGAGUUCACUACGAUUUCAAAAUUGAUUAUCAUCGCUCUUAUGAUUAGAGGAAGGCAUAGAGGUUUGCCUUAUAAUCUCGAUAGAGCCAUCAUGUUACCUAAUGACGAUAUGACAAGAAGAGACUAUUUACAAGAAAAUCAUGAAUUAAGACGUCAAGAGACUCUCGAAAGAUCCAUGAGUACGGGAACAACUUCAGGUGUUAGUAAUACUGCAAGAAGCCCAACGAGUAAAGGAAUGGGAGGUGGAAUCGGUUCAGAGCUUUUCAAAGCUAUCAGUAGAAAAGGUGAUGAAAUAAGGAAAAGAAGAUCCACAUUUGUUAUGGAAAGGGAGAGGUCUCGAAGAGCAUCUACGAUUGCAAGACCAAAUUCAUUCUCGGGACCUGUUGGUGAUACAAAUCAAAACAAUCAUGGUGAAGUUCAUCUUCAUCAACCUCAAUUCGGGCAAUCUGUUCAUUUCCAAAACUCUCGUCACCAGGAAAGAGAUUCGUUAUCUGAUUUAACUCCCAACGAGAAUGCUAGCAUUGACAGCGAUAAAUAA